GCAAAUCUACAAAAGCAUGUUUCUCUUCUGUUUCCCAAGAUGGAUAAAAUCAUUAUGAUAAACAUUUCCUGUUUUUUCUUCCUUUUCUCUUUUUUUUUUUUUUUUUAAAGUCUGAAUCCAGGGUAAUAGUAUAAUAUUUGUACUGGAAACCCAAACCAAAAACACAUUACCAAGUCACAUUUCUUUAUCUAAGUGUGGAAAAACUUAAUACUUGCCAUUUUUUGUCUUCUUGGGGAACCUAUAUCUGUAACUAUCACCAUCUCACAAGGAGCCCACUGAACCUCCAUUCAGAGAGAGUGAAUACACUUAUUUGGGGAGUGUCAAGUAUGAGUUCCAUAAAAACAAGAAGUUUAAGAUUCAUACUAACAACAAUUUUUCUUGAUUCCACCAGCAUGUUGUUUUGCAAUGUGCAGCAAACAUAUUCAAUUAAUUUGCUCUUUUGUAAAAAGUUAAUUAGAACAUGGAGCACAAGAUAACCAAGUAGAACAAGUAUCUGUCUUCACAAGUUUAUGUGGCACCCUAAAAUGCAAGCAAUAAGAUAAGCAUUUUAUAAUUUAUUUUUAUUAUUGUCUGAUUAACUUUUUGAAUCACUGGCAUGAAUCAAAGCAGAAGUAGCUUGGAGAACUUGUAGAGCAUGAAUAGAGAAACAACCCUGGUGUCUCAGAAAGCGUCUUUGUAGCUAUCCAGGUGCAAAGAUAAAGGCUGCACUCUUGCCUGCGAGUUCUUGCUGGCAAAAUUUACCAUGAGCAUAAUAACACUGCUAGCAGAGAUUUCAGCUCUUGCUGAUACACACACCAAGCACAGGCUUUCCUGACUUAAGUCCGUGUCUCACAGGACAUGUGUUCCAGCUGCCAUGAGAAAUUCUGGAGGUAGGAGUCAGUGGGAUGCUAGACAGAAUGCUUAUGAUUCCAGGCACAGCUUUACAUUUUUGAGAGACCUUGUGUAUGACCAGGCACAACAGAAGGAGAAAUUUCCCUACAGGUCUUUCCUGUUUUUUAUUUAGAAGGUUAGCUCCAGAGACAAAAUGGAUUAGUGAAGAUAUUAAUACCUUACUAUUUACCAUUACUAAAUAGCUAAGAGCAAAAGGAGAUCCUAUGUAGGUUUUUUCAGCUUAGGGUAUUUGCAAUUACAUGAUCUUAUAAUAAACUUUCUCUUGUAAGUGAAGGAGGAAGAAAGCAAAAGCAUGGUGUCAGAAACAUGUUCCCAUACUGUAAUAGCUAUGCUUUCUUCUACUCUGUUCAGGCAUUUCAACAAUUCCCUGUAGUAUGUAGCUGCACUGCUUUCAAAUCCAUAGGGCUGCUGGAAAAUAACUACCUCAUUAAUUAAUAACGCAACUGAAAUAGUACUUUCAUUUUGGAAUUACAUGUAACAUUGUGAUCAUUAAAAGGCAGUGAAGAAUGAAUUCUGACCUCUGACAUAAAAUAUGUAUUUGUCAUAAGGAAACAUGCUGUUUAUUUAAGUUUUGUGAGCAGUACGGCCCAAUUUAUUCUUCUCCUGGGAGAGAGUUUGCCUAAUGAAAGUGAAGGGUGCUGGGUGAUGUCAUGUAGAUUUUAUCAUGCCUGUUUUAGUCUGGGUGUUGCCUGGUAAGCAGCAGGAUUUCUUCUAUCUGUCUUGUGGCACAAAUUAUAAUCCUUGCCCAGGCAUGUCUAUGCAGAAUGCAGAAAUAUCAGUACCACUCUCCCUAGGCAGGCUUAUUUAGCUUGAGUGUUGCAUCCUUUUUAUAUUCUUCCAAGCCUCAAACAAAAUUAUGACCAUGCUGCUUGAACUCAGCAUUGUCAGAAUGCUACUGCUGCAUCUUGAUAUAAUUUCUCUAUUUUCUUAUAAUAAAGUGAGCACUAAUACAAGUAUUAAUGCUUCCCAGAAACUGUGGGAAUGAAAACCUGAUUCCUUCAUACAGACCUCAACAUAAGGCAGUCUCUCCCUCUCCUGUGGCUGUUCUAAGAUUUUUUAAGAUGUGCAAAUGUGUCCACUGCCGUGUCAGUCCAGACACAGAGCAGUGAUUUUGUUUCUGAUCUCUAUAAUGCUCUCAUGGCUUCUUUUCCCCAUCCUGCUGCAGUAUUCAGAUCCUCCUGAGAUCAUGCACCUCAAGGGAGAAAAUCACAGGGCUAGUGGCUGCUUCUUUGUACUGGGUAAUUUCAAGUGGUAUGGAUUCCUUCAUGCAGUUCAUUUUACUCAGGUGCACACCGGGUAGCUAAUUUUAAAUAGAGUACAUCUUCAGCUGUCUCAAGUUUCCCAUUCUCCUCCUGAAAUAGGUCUUUUUUAGUCUUUUGUAUCUUGCACAAUAUCCCUCCUCAGAAUUUAGUGCCCAUGAAGAAACCAGAAGAAUACAUUAAUGUUUCUCUCCCUCCAGCCAGAUCCUAUGUCCUCCAUGCACCACAUGAUUGCUGCGUGUUUAUCACAAAACUUUUAAGGGGAAAUAUGCUUUUUCAGUUUUGUGCUUAAUUAGAUGUUCUUGCCUAUGAAUAUAUCUUUGCAAGGAUAUAUAAAAAGAUGUGCACCAUUUUGGCAAAAAUGCUCGGCAUUGCUGAAACUAUUAAUAUUUAUAAAUGCUAAAAUGUUGAGGACCCUAAAAUUCUUCUUUGAAAAUCUUAAUAUCUAAUAUUUUCCCAUUGUCUUCUCUCCUUUGUUGGCAUCUGCACGCUUCUUUUAUUUUCUUAACUCUGUACCUGAAAUUCUUGAAAAUUUCUUUAUUCAGUCUUCUGUCUCUUGAGGCCUCUGUUACCUAGGUAAUAUUUUCAGUCAAACCACUGUAAUGAAUGUUGUAUUUUAGCUUGUGGAUUUUAACUUGUGUAAGCCAUUCCUAGAAUAUUUUUAUUAAUUUAUUUAACAAUGGGCCUUCUACCAAUUUGCAGAUCUGUUAAAAAGCCUCAUCACCAUCACUACCACUACAGAAAAAAAAAAAAAAAAAAGAAAAACAACCCAAAAACCAGAGAACAUCUAAGAAUUAGAAAAGAUGCAGGCUAAAGACGGCAAUCCACCAGAUGGUGGCUACGGAUGGGUUGUGGUAGUGUCAGCCUUCAUGGUGAUGGGCCUCACUGUUGCUGUCCUCAAGACUUUUGGUCUGUUCUUUGUUGAAAUCCAGCAGCACUUUGAUGAACUUGCAAGCACCACUUCCUGGAUCACAUCAGUAACUAUUGCUGUCUUUCAUCUAGGAGCCCCUGUUGCCAGUUCGCUGUGUGUACAAUAUACCCAUCGGACAGUAGUGAUCACUGGAGGACUUCUGGCUUUUUCGGGAAUGGCAUUGGGAUUUUUUGGACUCAACAUGGUCUGGAUGUAUGCAACAACUGGCUUCCUACAGGGUCUUGGCAUUUCUUUUUCGUGGACGCCAGCCAUUAGCAUUGUUAGCCACUAUUUCUCCAAGAAAAGGGCUUUGGCCAAUGCUAUUGCCAGUGCUGGAGAAUGUGCCUUUGCAUUCAUGUUUGGGCCAUUUUUCCAGUGGUUGAUUAGUCAAUAUGGAUGGAAAGGUGCCCUCUUGAUCAUAGGUGGCAUCCAACUCAAUAUUUGUGUCUGUGGAGUACUGAUGCGACCCCUGGCAGGCAGCUCCUUCCUUGAGGCCAGCCAUUGUGAAACUGAAACCCCACCUGGCAGCGGUGCAUACAGGAGAGACAAAGAAGAUAAGUCUCCCAUCAUGCACAAAACCUUCAACUGGAUGCUUGUGAGGCAACCAGAAUUUGUACUUUAUGCCAUUUUUGGUAUAUUAGCUGCUAUGAGUUUUUUUGUUCCUCCAUUAUUUUUAGUUCCACUUAGUUACAGCCUGGGAAUAGAUGAAUCAUGGACUGCAUCCCUCCUAUCCAUUUUGGCAAUGGUGGACUUUGGAGGCAGAUUGCUGUGUGGCUGGUAUGCCAACCUCCAUCUUACCAAAACGAUUCAUUUGCUGGCAAUGGCGAUUACAUUGAUCAGUACUUCCCUGAUGCUCUUGCCACUGGCUAACAAUUACCUUUCCUUGGCAAUAUUCACUGGCUUCUACGGAUUCUUCUUUGGUACAACAGUCGCCAUUCACAUUACAGUGCUAGCAGAUGUUGUAGGCAUGCCAGAAUUUGACAGUGCCCUAGGACUUUUCAUGCUUAUUCGAAGCACUGGAGGCUUUGUGGGGCCUCCUCUUGCAGGUCUGAUUGUGGACAUGGCUGGAGAUUACAGAGCAGGCUUCUACAUGGCAGGAGCCAUUCUUGUCCUGUCAGCUGGAUUUUUAAUUAUUUUAGAUCGACUCCAACAGAGAAAAAUAAGAGGAAGCAAGAUUAGACCUAAACCAGAAAAGUCAACAUUACCCUACCCUUCUCUCCAUAUCCUGAAACAUCAAACCAGAAAGUAUGGAGAGCACAAUGUAGUGGUGUGACUACAUGAGACCUCUGACAGCAUCUCAAGGACACACAGAAGUGUUUUCUUUUUGCCAAAUUCACUAUUAUUAGGAUUUACAAAAGAACAGAAGUUUUGGGUAGGACUGUUUGAAACCAAGGAAGACAAUUAAUUUACAUGCAAACUAGAGCAGUAACCAUUACCAUAUUAUUUUGAUAUUGAAGUUGCAUUUUGGUUAUGCAAGUCUUCAGCAGAGUCCCACAGGGCUGUGCUAGGCAAACCAUGGUCUAAAUUAAAUUGCCAUGAAGCAUGUGUGCAGCAGGUAGAAACCCCACCCCCAACUGCUGAAUGCAGCUAUCACUGAAAAAAGGAAGAGUCAUCAGCUCACAAAUGCUUACUUGGGAAAGUAGUGCCCAGUAUUUUCAGUAAACAAGUUCGAUCUGAAAGCACAAGUAAAUGAAUACAGUUUUGAGAUAAGGGUUUGCAGGUACUCUACAGAGCAGUGCUGGAGUAAGAUAAAUAAGUAAACAAACCCGAUAUAAGGUAAAAGUUAUAUGAGUAAUGGCAUACAGUAGAGAGAAAUGCAGACCUAGAUAUCAGAAGUAAAAAGCAAAAUACACCCACACAAAAUGAAGUAAGGAUUGGUGAGUAGUAGAGGAAGACCUAAGGCUACAGUGGACUUCAAACUGAGUAAGAAUCCCAAAUGCAACCCGAUAUUAAAAAUAGCAAAGUCUUUCUGUGUUCUGGUAACAUAUAGGAGAUAACAAUGGUAAUAUAGAGAAGAUAUUGAUGCUUGCAAAGCUUUAACUGGAAGAAGUACAUGAGUUGCAAAGACUUACGUGGAAUAUAAAUGAGAGAAUUAAGAAAAUAGCCUAGGGAAAAAGUGUAAAAUAUUUUGCCUGGUUUAGAAGACAAAAAGUUUUACAGGGCAUGAGAACAGCCUUCAAAUCCAUAAUACGCUGAGAUGAAGAAAAUAUGAUUAAUUCCUUUUAUUGUUAAGACAACUGGUAAUUGGUAUCAUUCACAGAAAGACAGUUAUGUAACAGGGAAAAAAGCUUCAUUGCGGCCUGUUAAGAUACAAUGCAGGCUAUGAAUGCAGAACAUGAAAACACAGAGAUACCAGAGAAUAGGUAACACACAAUCAAGGAUCUAAAUGUAUGUGCCUCAGAGUAGUAGGAUAGGGUAGAUGACUUCCUGAGGUCCCCCUUCAGUCCCACAUUCCAAUUAUC